AUGGCUCCUGGCAUCGAGACGUCCCACCAGCCCCGAGAGCGCCGGCCGUCCGUGGAAGAAAUACGUACGUUGCGGUUGACCGCCAACACCACUGCUACCGCUACUGCUGCUGCUACUGCUGCUACCACUGACAUCUCGGUAGGCCCCCAAGGAGUUUGGCAACAAGGAAGACUUCGAGAGGUCGUUCGCCAUGUCGAGACCAGCUUGGCCCGCUCCAUCUUCAACUGUGAUGAAGUUAGAGCUGCCUACUCGGCCACGGCUCUGGCCUUCAGAGACCGUCUGGUCGUCGAGUGGAACAGGACGCAGCAGCGUCAGACCUUCAAGGACCAGAAGCGUGUCUACUACCUCUCGCUCGAGUUUCUCAUGGGCCGGGCCCUGGACAAUGCCAUGCUGAACGUCGGCUUGAAAGACCUGGCCAGAGACGGACUGCAUGAUCUUGGUUUCCGCGUCGAGGAUAUCAUCAAGCAGGAGAACGAUGCCGCCCUGGGCAACGGUGGCCUCGGUAGGCUGGCUGCGUGCUUCCUCGACAGCCUAGCCUCGCUCAAUUACCCUGCCUGGGGCUACGGCCUGCGCUACAGGUACGGCAUCUUCAAGCAGGAGAUCGUCAAUGGCUACCAGAUCGAGGUCCCCGACUACUGGCUAGACUUCAACCCCUGGGAGUUCCCCCGUCACGACGUCGUCGUAGACAUCCAGUUCUACGGCUGGGUGCGCAAGUACCAGGACGAGAACGGCAAGACCGUCCACUCCUGGCAGGAUGGAGAGAUCGUCCAGGCGGUGGCCUACGACAUGCCCAUCCCCGGAUACCAAACUCCCACCACCAACAACCUCCGCCUCUGGUCCUCCAAGGCCGCCAGCGGAGAGUUCGACUUCCAGCGCUUCAAUGCCGGAGACUACGAGAGCGCCGUCGCGGACGAGCAGCGCGCCGAGACCAUCUCCGCCGUCCUCUACCCCAACGAUAACCUGGAUAGAGGCAAGGAGCUUCGUCUGAAGCAGCAGUACUUCUGGUGCGCUGCCUCCCUCUUCGACAUCGUCCGUCGAUACAAGAAGACCAAGCGUCCUUGGAGCGAGUUCUCCGACCAGGUCGCCAUCCAGCUCAAUGAUACCCAUCCCACCCUUGCCAUCGUCGAGCUUCAGCGCAUCUUCAUCGAUGAAGAAGGCCUCGAGUGGGACGAGGCCUGGCGUCUCGUCUCCAACACCUUCGGCUACACUAACCACACCGUCCUCCCCGAGGCAUUGGAGAAGUGGUCCGUCCCCCUGAUGCAGAACCUGCUCCCCCGUCACCUUCAGAUCAUAUACGAGAUCAACAUGGCCUUCCUCCAGCAUGUGGAGCGCAAGUUCCCCAAGGACCACGACCUCCUCAGCCGUGUCUCCGUCAUCGAAGAGACCCAGCCCAAGAUGGUCCGCAUGGCUCACAUCGCUAUCAUCGGCUCGCACAAGGUCAACGGUGUCGCCGAGCUGCACUCGGACCUCAUCCAGUCCACCAUCUUCAAAGACUUUGUCACCAUCUAUGGACCCGACAAGUUCGGUAACGUCACCAAUGGCAUCACCCCUCGCCGCUGGCUGCACCAGGCCAACCGCAGGCUCUCCGACCUUAUCGCCUCCAAGCUCGGUGGCCACGAGUUCCUCAAGAAUCUGACUCUUCUCGACAAACUUGAAGGCUUCCUCGACGACAAGGAGUUCAAGACCGAGUGGGCUGCCAUCAAGACCGCCAACAAGGAGCGUCUGGCCAAACACAUCCUCGACACCACCAGCGUGCGAGUCAACCCCAAGGCCCUCUUCGACAUCCAGGUAAAGCGUUUCCAUGAAUACAAGCGUCAGCAGCUCAACAUCCUUGGUGUCAUCCACCGCUACCUCCGCAUCAAGGCCAUGAGCCCCGAGGAGCGCUCCAAGCUUGCCCCCCGCGUCUCCAUUUUCGGCGGCAAGGCAGCUCCUGGAUACUGGAUGGCGAAGACGAUCAUUCAUCUGAUCAACAGCGUCGGUGCCGUCGUCAACAAUGACCCUGACGUCGGAGACUUGCUCAAGGUCAUCUUCAUUGAAGACUACAACGUCAGCAAGGCGGAAAUCAUAUGUCCCGCCUCAGACAUCAGCGAGCACAUCUCCACCGCCGGUACCGAAGCCAGUGGAACAAGUAACAUGAAAUUCGUCUUGAACGGAGGCCUCAUCAUCGGAACCUGUGAUGGUGCAAACAUUGAAAUCACCCGUGAAAUCGGCGAGCACAACAUUUUCCUCUUCGGCAACCUGGCCGAAGACGUCGAGGAGCUCCGCCAUGCACACGUCUACAACCCAUCAAGUAUAACUCUUGAUCCAUCUCUCUCCGCCGUCUUCGACGCCAUCCGCGCCAACACCUUCGGCGACGCAAGCUCCUUCUCUGCCAUUAUCGACUCCAUCACCCAGCACGGAGACUACUACCUUGUCUCAGACGACUUCAACUCUUACAUCAAGACGCAUGAUAUCAUUGACGAGGCGUUCAAGGAUAAAGAUGGCUGGGUCGAGAAGAGCAUCCAGAGCGUGGCUAGGAUGGGCUUCUUCUCGUCUGACAGAGCCAUUGCAGAGUAUGCUGAGGGAAUCUGGAACAUAGAGCCACUUGACGUUAGCAAUUAG